AUGAACGAUCUCGGCGAUACAUUCGAAUUGACUUAUAAACGGUUGGACACUGAAUCGAUCGUGAACACGGUCAAAGAUGAUGGAGCGGGAGCGAUUGCGACGUUCAUCGGGACAACGAGGAACAGUUUUCAAGGAAAGAGCGUUACGAGGUUGACGUACGAGGCAUACACGACUUUGUGUAUGAAGAGUUUUGAGAAAAUUGCGUGGGCUGCCCGGGAGCUGCCUUCGCAAUCAAAGACGACACACACCAUCCUGUCCGCCUCUCCAGCAGGAGGAGACCGAUUAUCAAAAGUUGCAAUACAUCAUCGAUUGGGGGAAUGCCCUGUAGGAGAGGCCAGUAUCGUCAUCGCCGUCAGCUCACCUCAUCGGCGGGAAGCGUUCGAGGCCUGCGAGUUCAUACUGGAAGAGGUCAAGAAGAAGUCACAAAUCUGGAAACGGGAGUGGUAUGCAGAAGAAGGAAGCGACAAGAAUGACGCUGCUAGUUGGAAGGAGAACUUUCCUCGAGUAGCCAAGGAUGGCGCCUGA